AUGGACUCGGAGACAGAAAUUCAGAAUUUUAUAAACUGUACUCAGCAGGUCCUAGGACGAGAUCUGUCUUGGGAUACGCUCAACGUCUCUCAGAUACUGGAUUUAUUGCCUCAUCAAAUCCUAGAAGAUGUUAACUUAAAAAUCACGCUUGGAAACUGCAUGGGGAUGGGGAAGAGACCGUACAGUCCUCCUUGGUGGGGUCAGCUAGCUUGGUUCAUGGUUUUCGCCAUUAUGCUUCUACUGGCUGUGAUUGGAAACACGUUAGUAAUAUGGAUUGUUCUAGCUCACCGACGGAUGCGGACAGUGACAAACUGCUUCCUAGUGAACCUGGCUGUGGCUGACCUACUUAUGGCGACCUUGAAUGGGGCACCGAACUUUGUGUUUUUGGUCACAGCGCAUUGGCCAUUCGGUUCUGUUACCUGUACUGCAAGCAACUUUACUGCAAAUCUGACUGUUUCUGCUGGAGUAUUUACGCUCGUUGCUAUUACUGUUGAUAGGUACGUGGCAAUAGUAAAGCCUCUGCAGCACAGGCUGAGUCGCAGCGUAGCACGUGCAGCUUUGUUUACAGUGUGGUUCGCUAGUGCACUUCUCGCUUUGCCCAGUCUACUUUAUUCUGAUACGUACACAAAAAAGUACAUAAACGGGGAGAGAGAGAUAUGUUUCAUAAAAUGGCCGGAUGGCAGCUACCCCACUUCGAGAACGGAUUACUGCUAUAACCUGGUAUUUUUGGCGGUUACAUAUGUACUACCCAUGUCUGUGAUGGUGUGGGCUUACGCACAAAUGAGUGCUGCACUACGGGGAAGGACAAUAGGAGAAUGCACUCAUCAUCAAAUGCAAGUUGUAAGAGCUAAACGAAAGGUUGUAAGAAUGUUCGUCCUGGUUGUUAUGGUGUUUGCGCUUUGCUGGUUGCCCUACCACGCGUACUUUGUUCUGUCGUAUCAUCAUCAGUCACUCGCAUCGUCUCCCUUCGCACAGCACAUCUAUCUCGGCUUCUACUGGCUGGCCAUGGCUAAUUCCAUGUUCAACCCAUUGAUUUACUAUUGGAUGAGCAACAAAUUUCGGAUAUACUUCAAAGUAGUGCUGUGCUGGUGUCGGUCAGUGAAGACUGCGACGCCAAACAACUUGAAAAAGCAGUUUGAAAUGAACAAAUCGUUUUCGGUAAGCCAGAGGCAUCGCGACGUAUCGUCCUUCAGCCGCGCA